AUGGGUGCAAUUGAUGCUGUUUUUGGCCGAAAUGAAAAUGGCCGUAUGUCCAAACCAUUUGUUCCUUCCGCUGAGGGAACAGAGAAGCAGGAGCCGUCUACGGAUGUGACCCCAAAUACUCCACCAGGAGAGGACUCCUUGGAGUGGCGCGAUGAAAAAGAAAUCCAAGAAAAUCCCGAUCAAGUGAAUACAUCCGUCCAGCUCGGUGUGCAGAAGGCAGAGGCUGCUGCCCUUGUAUGGGACAAGAAAGCUCUCUAUAUGAUUUAUGCCUGCAUUUGGCUUUGUUAUUUCUCACUGGCCUUCAACCAGGCAAUGCUAUCGAAUUUGGCGCUGAUCAUAGAAGGUACCUUUAGCACGGCCCCUCAGGUAACCACGGCCUAUAUUACUUCGACCAUCGUCGGUGGUGUGUUGAAGUUGCCGCUGGGUAAGACCCUGAACUUGUGGGGUCGUGGCGAAGCUCUGCUUUUCUCCCUUUCGGUUUACGUGGUUGGUAUGAUCAUUCUUGCUGCGUGCAAGGGACCAAGUGCCUUCGCAGCCGGAUACACCUUGUAUUGGAUUGGAUAUUACUUUAUCUAUCUCAUCUUGGAGGUCUUCAUCGCUGAUAUCUCUGGGCUGCGCAACAGAGCCUUUGCCUUUGCCUUCUCCACUACUCCCUUCAUUUGCACGGCCUUUACCGGGCCAUUGGCAGCUACCGCAUUCAAGAAUGGACCUGGGUGGCGCUGGGCAUUCGGCUCCUUCGCUAUCAUUCAACCCUUUGUCUUCACUCCCCUGGUCAUUAUUUUCAAGUACUAUGAGAAGAAAGCCCAGAGAUUGGGCGUCUACCGGAAGCAACCCAGUGGCCGGACCACGAUGCAGUCUAUCAUUUAUUACCUCCACGAAUUUGACGUCAUCGGAGCGUGUAUCAUCAUGGCUGCAUUCCUUUUAUUCUUACUUCCAUUCAGUCUAACAAGUAAUGGCGUCACAGGAUAUUCUAGCGCUAAAUUCAUUGCUAUGGUCGUCGUUGGUGUUCUUCUUUUCCCAGCCUUUGCUGUCUGGGAGAAAUGGUUCACUCGAAAGCACUUCAUUAACUGGGAUGUCUUCAAGAAUCGCACUGUUUUUGGUGCCUGUAUGUUGUCUCUGAUCCUUUUUUUCAACUUUGAUCUCUGGGACACCUAUCUUCAAGGAUUCAUAAUUGUGGUAUACGAUAUUGGCUUGACCAAGACCGGGUAUAUUCUGCAAGUUUACAACGUCGGUUCCUGCUUCUGGUCUGUUGUCAUGGGCUUGUAUAUCUACAAGACUAAGCAUUUUAAGUGGGCCUGCCUGUGCUUUGGCGUGCCUCUUAUGAUGCUGGGCUCUGGACUCAUGAUUCACUUCCGUGGCUCCGAAUAUGCGAUUGGUUACAUUAUCAUGUGCCAAAUCUUUAUCGCUUUUGCUGGCGGUACUUUGGUGAUCGGUAACGACAUGGCUGCCAUGGCAGGCGCUGACCGUGAAAGUGUCCCCAUGACCCUCACCCUGAUCAGUCUGUUCAAUAACGUGGGCAGCGCCAUUGGAUAUGCAGUCUGUGCUGCCAUUUAUAACAACACAUUUUUGACGGCCCUUCGCCAGCGUCUACCUGCAGACCAACAAUCCAAUGCCGAGAUGUUGAUGACUUAUGGCAUGGAAACACAAAUCACGUACCCGGUUGGGUCCCCAGUUCGCGAGGCUUGUGCUUAUGCCUGGGGCUAUUCCCAGAAGUACAACUGCAUUGCCUCCACGUGUCUUAUGAUUUUGGCAUUUCCUGCCAUUCUGCUGUGGAAGAACUAUAAUGUUGACAAGAAGCAAGUCAAAGGCACUGUCUUCUAG